AUGGAACUCAGCCUCGACCAAAGGCCACCAAUAGACCUCGGGCAUGUGCCUCCCGUCUUCCUUGUGUCCUGUAACAGGCGCGAGAUCCGCGACCUGACGGAUAGGGACAGGGAGGCGUUUCUGGACGCCAUGGAGAUCUGGUACACCGUGCCCACCGACGGGGGAAAGGCCAAGUACGGACCCAACUACAGCAGUUACAUGUCCAUCGCCGCCAUCCACGGCACCGAUGUUGAAACCUGCUCCUAUCACCAAGGUAUGCAGUUCCUGACCAGCCACGCGGCGUUCGACCUCAUCGUCGAGCGGUACCUCCAGAUGAUCGACCCGACAGUUUCCCUUCCGGUGUGGUACGACAGCGUAAUGUUCCAGCCCGACUGGUAUGAGUCCGCGAUGGGCGAUGUGGAGAACCACUUCAUGGUCACCGGCGGCCGUUUCGGCAACGUCUCCGCGAUCUACGACCCCGACUAA